CAGUACUAUCGUAUUGAGGCAUCUACAUGGCACGACUCGCCUCCACUAGUUAACGCACUGAAAGCUGCUGCUGAAGAUAAUGCUGCAACUUUUAUCUUUCCCGGACACAACAGAGGUCAAUCAGCUCCAUUGUCAAUGCUUCAAAUCAUCGGUACAAGACCUUUCCUGCAUGACUUACCUGAAAUAGACAACCUUCCUAACCCAGAAGGUCCUAUUUUGGAAGCGCAAAAUCAAGCAGCAGAAGUUUUUGGGGCAUCAAAAACAUGGUUUCUUGUUGGAGGUACAACUUGUGGAAUUCAAGCAGCUAUCAUGGGUGUAUGUAGUCCGGGAGACACCUUAAUUCUCCCUCGUAAUUCGCACAAAUCAGCAACUUCUGCAAUGGUCUUAACUGGUCUAGUUCCCAAGUACAUAUUUCCUAACUAUGAUUUUGAUUGGGAUAUACCUACUACAGUCUCUCCAGCUGAGGUGAAAAGGGCCAUUGAGGAAUUGGAAUCAGAAGGCCUAAAACCCGGUGCUGUUUUUAUUACUUCCCCUACUUAUCAAGGAGUAUGCAACAACAUAAAAGAGAUCUCUGCACUAUGUCACCUGCAUAACAUACCUCUUAUUGUGGACGAGGCUCAUGGUGCUCACUUUGGUUUCCACCCAUCUCUUCCAUCAUCGGCCCUUCAACAAGGGGCCGAUGUGGUCAUACAAUCCACUCACAAAGUGCUUUUCUCUCUUACUCAAUCAUCCAUGUUGCAUGUUUCUGAUAAUAGCUUCAUAGAUAAAGAUAAAAUCAGUAAAUGCCUUGAAAGCCUUCAAACAACUAGUCCAAGUUCCCUACUUUUAGCUUCACUAGAUGCAACUACAAGUAAACUAAAGGAAAACCCAACAAGUAUUUUUGACAACACUAUAAAAUUAGCAAAAGAAGCUAAAAAUACAAUCCAACAAAUUCCAGGACUCUCAGUUUUUGAAUCUACUUGCAUUGACCCCUUAAGAGUUACUAUCGGAUUUAAUGAUCUCGGGCUUUCUGGAUAUGAAGUAGAUGACUUCAUAUAUAGAGAUCAAAAGGUGAUCUCUGAACUCCCUGGAUCGUGCUUUAUCACAUUUCCAUUCACUCCACAAACAGGUAGAGAACACAUUGAUAGGCUAAUCUUGGCGUUUAGGCAUCUAUCGUCAUCGUUCACCCGACAUCAAGUGAAGAAGGAAUUAAAGACUGGUGUAGAUUUGGAACCAUGGAAUGUUGUAAACUGCAUGAAACUAUCUCCUAGAGAGGCUUUUUUCAUAAGGAAAAGAAGAGUUGAUAUAAAAGAUGUUGUUGGAAAAAUAUGUGGUGAGUUGAUAUGCCCAUUCCCACCUGGAAUUCCCAUUAUGACUCCUGGGGAAGUGAUAUCAGAUAGAGUGAUGCAUAUUUUGUUGCAAUCUAAAGCUAAUGGUGCAAAGAUAAUUGGAGCUUCUGAUCCUCUUCUGUCUUCGUUGCUUAUAUGUGAUAUUUAACCAAGAUGUAUUCAUGAUCUACUGUAAAUGCUAUUUGAUCAAUUUAAUUAUGUAAAUCUAGCUUUCCACGAGAAAAUCAUGGCAUAUAUACUAUGUAGCCUAGAGAGGAGAAGAUCUACACCAAUUGCUUGUAAGUUGUACUGGUAUCUAUCAAAUUAUGACAAACUGAA